GGCAAAAACCGAAACAAUCAGAAUAGCAGGGAGAGAGAGAAUUUCUGCUCCAAAAGCUGAUUCAGAUACAUGUAUUCUUCUCAGCCGAGUUAUAGCACCAUCACACAGUAGGCCUAAAACAAUGAGGAUUAUUAUGUAGCAUUGUAAUCAAGGAUUUGAGAGGUUGCAGUUUCGUGUGAUGAGCAGAAGUAAUCUGAUAGACAGUAACAUGCAUUGAUCACCAAAACCCAGAUAUUAAGAAGUGAUAGCCAUUGAAGUAGGAUCUGGCCUGUACCAUGGCCAAGGCAGGGGUGCGGAUUAGAGAUUAUGGAGGGGUUCAGGUUAAUCCUGAACCCAUUGUUAUCGAGGAACCUCAAGAUACAUUCCUAGAGGACUACAUAUCACCAACAAAACUGCGGGCUUUGACCGGAAUAGAGGAUCUUGAAGAUGUGAAAUUCCUGGAGAUGAGGGUGGACACCUCGGAAACAAGUCUUGGUAACUUUGGUGCAAUGUUACCUAAUCUGAAGCAACUAAAACUCAACGACAGUCUGAUAGCAUCGGUGAGAGAUUUGGGUACUGCUCUGGAUAAUCUGGCUGUUCUCUGGAUGUCUAGAUGCUGCCUGUGUGAUUUAGAUGGUCUUAGCUCUAUGUCCUCACUGAAGGAGUUAUAUCUUGCCUAUAAUGAUGUAUCAGACAUCAGUCCGUGCAGUAUGCUAGAAAACCUGCAGCUAUUAGACCUAGAAGGGAACAAUGUAGAUGAUAUAGCCCAGGUAGAGUUUCUAGGACUCUGUAGUAAACUCCAAGCACUCUCAUUGGAGGGCAAUCCAGUGUGUUUAGCACCAAACAAAGAUUAUAACAAGGAUGAGAGCGGGCCAUUUAACUAUCGUCUCUCCGUCUGGAAAGCUGUCCCUCAGCUCAAACUCCUAGACGAUGAGGUCCUAGACACAGCUUCAACGUCGAUGUCAACGUCGAACCUCCAACCCAAGGCUCUGAAUUUGAGCACUGAUUGGUUGUUAGUGAAUGGUUCCAUCAAAGACGGGCUAGGAUCGGUUGAUAGCUUGGGUUCAGAUGGUGGUGGGGGGUCACGACCCAAGACGGCAGCAAGGCCAGGGUCGGCAGCAGGUAGACGACCCGGGUCAGGCUCUGGACGACGACCUGGGUCAAGUAUGGGUCAUCGACCCAUGACCUCAGCGGGUGGACGACCUACUACUUCUGCUGAAAGACCCGAUACUGGAGGUUCAGACAUUGUUGCAGAUGGAGAUGAUACAAGCGAUCUGACGCAUGGCAGCGGAGGAGUCCUCUGUGGUAACCCGGUUAAAGCCUUGAGAAACAGGAGGAAAAAUGUGAAGAACCCAUUGGCCCAACAGACCACAACAAUGUUCAUGUUAUUACAACACAAACCAGAACAUACAUUUGAUGCAUUAGAUGAUGAUGACGACGACGACGGCCGAUCAAAGGAAGACAUCUUCGCCGAGCUUAGAACAUGGAAAGCAGCGCAUGAAAAGAAAGUGAAGCUACGCCUACAAGACCUCGAGCCUCAGGUCAUGAAGAUCACGCACAGCGAUGAGGAAGAGACAAACAACAACAUUCCAGGAACAUCAAGUAGCCAUGGCAACCAAGACGACGACGAUGAUUUAGACGAGGAGGAGGAUGUCGGUGUGUACAUUCCACCGACGCCCACAGAGUCGCCAACCGAAGAGAGGAUGCCGACACCUCCCAAAGGUCCGAGGUCGCCCAUCAGAGCUCCCGUCAGACCAAAGACAUCUAUUGGAGACUACAGAGUGCGUCGCUUCCGUCAGCGUUCCGUCGAGGAGGGCGACUCAUCCGACGCUCCUAGACUAUCUCAGGAAUCCCGUUCCUCUUCUCUGGAUGACUCGGGUCACAUCAGUCCAGGAACUUUCCUUGGAUCCUUCCCGUCCUCCCCGGUCUUGGGACGUAUAGAGGAUAGGCCUUACUCUGGUCCAGCCGUCGGGAUCAGGACUAUACCGGAGGCCAAACACGUUGACAAGAACGCUCCAAAGUCCAUCGACCCUCAUCAGCCAAUCAUCCGCUCCUCUGUGAACACGCCGCCGCAAAGGCUCAUGGGAAUGAUAUCAAGACCCGUCACGGCCAGGGCCGCACUCCAGCGACAGGCCCUGCCUAACAGGACUAAGAACAAUCCAUAUACUAGUAUGUGAUCGAUGUAGAUAUUCUUGGACUAGUUUGUGAUCUACUGUACAGAUGGAUUAGUUUGAGCUGAUUGUAAAACACCUAGUCCUACAGUUCUAGAAGAGUUUAUGAGAGCAAGGCUUCUACCACUGACAUGCACAUACAUGUAGCUUGGUGCAUCAAGAUUGCUGAUGCCUUCUGUAAUAGAAUUUGAUUGUGACCUAUCUAGAGAGCUAGAAGGGCUUACUGUAUCUAGGAAAAUAAUUUAGGCCCAUAUUCUAGCACCGACUUGAUAGUGCAUAGCAGGACCAGGACUACAUACUGGACGAGCACUUCCCAGCAGAGAAACUGUUAUCGUCUAUACAGCUAUGGGAUCUCCUGCUAGACUAGAUUUGCUGGUCUUGAUAACAGGAUAGCCCCUCAACCUUGUACUGUCGUGAGAGUGGAUAUCAAGACUAGGACUACUAAGAAGGAUCAAUCACUUCCCAGCAAAGAUACUGUUAUCUUCUAGACAAGCAUGGAAUCUCCUAUACAAGGGUGGGAUCUUCAAGACUUAAUUUGCUGGCCUUUGAUGAUGGAGUAGCCCCUUAACCUAGCACCAUCUUGGGAGUGAAGAGCAAGACCAGGCAGGAGUAAAUAGGAUACAUCACCUUCAACCUAGCACUGAAUCGAGAGUGAAUAGCAAGAUUAGGACUACUUACAUGAAGAAAGAUCAAUCACUUCCCAGCAAAUAUACUGUUAUCUUCUAAUCAGUAUGAGAUCUUCUAUUCAAGGGUGGGAUCGGCAAGACUUAAUUUGCUGGCCUUUGGUGACAGAGUAGCCCCUCAACCUAGCACCAUCUUCUGAGUGAAUAACAAGACUGAGACUACAUGUACUUAGAAGGAUAAAUCACUCCCCACCAGACACUCUGUUUUAUUCUUUACAAGUAUAGAUUCUCCUACACUAGGACGCGAUCUAGACUAGAUUUGCUGGCCUUUGUAAACCUCUCAACCUUGCGCCAUCAUGAGAGUGAAUAACAAGACUAGGAAUGCAUAAAAGGAUCACCGGAGAUACUGUUAUCUUCUUUCAAGUACAUGUAUGGAUCUUCUAGACUAAUGGCCUAGAGCGAUAUGAUGAGCUACGCUAGUGAUGUUUAGUGGAGCUCAUCAUCCUAGCGCAGGUUUGAUAGUGAAUAGCAAGGCUUGGACCAAGAACAAGUUGGGACAGUAUCACUUCAGAGCAGGACCACUGAUAUCUUGUACAAUAUGUAUGUGGUCUUCUAGUCCACAUGCAGAUGGGCUGGGUCUAUGAUAAUAGUGUAGCCUAUCGCCCUUGUGCAGACUUGAUUGUGAGUCACGAAAUUUGGACUACUUGCGGCCGCACUGUGGUUCAUGAGCUCUAGGGGAGGUGCGAUAGCCCGGUCUGUAGAGCGGGGGUUUGUAUUCAGGUGACCCGGAUUUGACUCCCAAUUGGUGUGCUAGUGCCCUUUGGUGUAAGGCAUUUAAAUCCUCAUUGUCAGGUCUCUCGAAGAGGAACUUAAGCCGUCGGUCCUCUGGUUGCGUGCGUACAAGUAUUUAUUUAACAAGAUGGUAGUGAUACAUGUAUGGGCCUUGCAUUUAGUUUAAUGAUGAAAUAAUGGCAUAUGCUAAAUUACAAUGGCUCAUUUCCGAAAUCCAUUGUAAUAUCCAUUUUUGGUAAUGAAUUAACGGGGGGGGGGGGGGGGGG